GGCCCGCCCGUGGGCUUUGUACGCGGGUGGUCUUGCGCCACGAUGCCGGAGUUGGGUGCCGGAGUCACAUCAAGGUCGCAAGAUCGAAACCCAUCAGGAACGGUUCGGCUCCGUUACCUGUGUAGGCACUGAACAUACUUGUGCCGAACUUCCCCGAACGAGCGCCAUCUCGGCCUUCCUAGGUCGCUGCUCUACGGGUGCGGACGCUGGUGCGGCGGGUUCUGAUGGUUUCCCCGCGAGAGCUAUCCUGCUUUCUAGAAGCCGGUCUGCGAGCCAGUUGGCGCUGAUGCGCCGGGGCAGGAGGAGGCCCCUGAUUAGGGAAUGCGCGUCACCCAGCGCCGAUCUGCGAGCCCGUGUUUCGAGGCGUUACCGUAGAAAAAACCUCGUUCUACUCCGCUUGGUUGCGUUAGGGCGCCUCGGCGCCCUGACCCUCCUUGUCGGUAGUAGUUCCUGGCCGGCCUUCGUGGCCGCGCCAAUCCCCUGUGGCGCCUCCAUGGCGUCCCUGGCGUUGCUUAGGUCAGCUGUAGUGCGUCAGUACUGCUCUGGCUGCGGCGCGACACUCAGUCGGCGACAUCAUCGUCGCCGUCCUGCCGAGCGGUCCCCGCUCUGGCAAUCUUUGCCGACCAUCAUGAUCUCACACCGUGGAGCCUUCGCGACCUAGCGUGGGUGGCGCGCCUGCUCGCCGGUCGACCUCGUCCUCAUGGCUUCGCGAUGCUUCUGGCGGGGCGCUCGCUGCUGCCGGGCUCGCAGUGGCGUGUCGCUGAGCGGCUCUUUCGGUAACGGAGGGCCGAUUGGAGCUGCUGGCGACUCUUGCUGUGGGCUGCUGCCGCGGCCUGACGUGGCGCCGGGCUCGCCGCGCGUGAACCGGGGCACGCUGCGGCGGGAGCCAGGACCGGCGUCUUCCGGGCGGCGGCGGCUGGAGCUGUGGGCGCAUCUACACAGUGGAGAGACCUGCUUGGCGAAUGCAGUCUGGCGAAGGCAGUCCAGCGAAGGCUGGCUGGCGCAGGCCGACUAAGCGAAGGCUGGCUGGCGCUGUCUGCUGUGCUAGGGUGUUGCGAGGCUGUGUGGACUUGGUUGGGCGGUGGGCGUGCCUGCACCGCCUGUGCUAGGUUACGGGCGCUAUGGCUUGUGCUGUCUGAUGGGUCGGACCGGCUGAUCCUCGUGGUUCAGCGAACUUGCACGGCCCUAGGCCGUCUACAGGAUGCAGCUUCGGGCUGCACCCAACAGUGUGAGGGCCCUGCCCUGUUGGUGCUGGUGUUUUGGGGUAGGAGUUGCACUUUGCAAAAUGGCAGUCAGUCUGACGCCGACCCGCGGCUUAGGUGAGCAGCGCUAGCGUUUGCGGUGAGCCUUGCUCGGGGUUCCUCCCCUCCUUUAGUGAGGCGAGGAGCAUGGGGGUCAUUCGAGGUUCCCUCCUCGAGUGUGCGUACGUGUCUCGUGCGUUUAUGGAGCCCUGGCUUGCCCGUGGCUGUCAUCCCACAUGUAACCUCUAUUCGCU